CUUUAAUUGAAACAAAGAACUUUGAAAGGAAUCGAAACGAUGAAAAUCGGUAAAUAAGUUUGCGUAGUACAGUAAACAUGAUUAUUCAUUUAGCAACAAAAUUCCGAGUUCGGUAUUUACCAGCUGUUGCCAUAGUUAAGUAACUUUGGGGAAUGUUUAUUUACUGUUAAACAAAAAAUGCCGAGUUUACAGUAGAGGGAGUGAUCCAAAAAAUAAAUGAUCGCUUUUCUUUGAUUUUAUUUUAUUCUUUUUUACGAUUUAAUUUGAAUGAAAUACGGCGCGGAAAAUUCAUUUCAAGUAUGAUCACUUGGAUUUGCUAGCCUUAGUAUGUACCACUCUCACUGCCACAGGAUUUCAGCGUUGUUGGUCGUUUUCCUACCUUUAGACUCUUAAUAUACCAAAUUAUAAUUGUUUGGAUAACUAUUUCGAAUAAAAAAUAAAAAAUCAGUUGUAUCCGCUAGAAGCAAUUAACGACUAGAGUGGCCGCGUCUAUGGUAACAUAUCAACUUACUGACCAGCAAAAGGGAGAAUUGCAAAUACAGGAUUCUAUUAUUGAUGGAAAACAAUUAAAAGAAUGUCUAUCCAAACUUAGAAAAGAAAACAAAGAUGUUGACUUGAAGUCAUAUAUGCGAGGAAUUCAACUUUCGUCCUUUUGCGUGCCCCGUUUCGAUCAUCAUGAUCAGCAUGAUGCUUCUCAAGACAAGAUAGGAAUUCAUGAGCUAAGGGAAAAAAGUCUUUACGAUGGAAUCCAGCUACUACCAUCGAUGGCGGGUAUUUCACCCGAUAGUCAACUGCUGGAAAAAGCUGAAAAUAAAAAAGCAAAGAAUCAGCUCAGUGCCAUUAUCAAUAUUUUUUUUACUGUUGUAGGAAGCACUUUUGCAGUGUGGUAUUGUACUUCUUCGUUUCAAAUCGAAAAGAGAGUGGCUUUAUGCGGAAUUUCUUCUUUACUGGUUCUAAUUGCUGAUACAUUUCUUUACAUUCGAUUUUUAUCUUUACCACCCGUGCAACCACCCAAACACACCAAAGGUGAAAUUGUCUAUACGUGGAGUACCAACGAUCCGCUUAGUGAAGACGAUGAAAUUUUAUCCUUUUUAAAUGGCCCUACUCCAAUCAAGGAGAAAAAAAAUAGUUAGAUUUCAUAUCGACGAUUCGCCGAGAAGGCGAAUGCGUCGUUACAGUCCUUAGCCCGGUCAUUGUAGGUUAGGUUUACUUUACUCUCAAUUGGUCACGUUUUGAGUAAACAUAUAUUAUUCUACGCUGUGAUGAUCUCUUUCUCUGUCUAUCUCUCUCUCUCUAUAUAUAUAUAUACUGCUUUUGUCGCUGUGAGGCCAAUGUCAACCGGCGUGUUUUGUUCACUAUCAGAGAAAAGGAAAUGCCUAUUCAGUCGUUUAGUUUACGAUUCACUAAGUAUUUGUCCUCCAAAAACUAAAAGUACAAAGCAAAUGAACAAUCAUAUGAAUCAUAGUAUGAGCGCCUCCAUUGCAACUAUACCUUUUGAUUAACCUGUAGCAGGCGAAGUGGCUCAAAUGUUUUGCUGUCAUCGAGCAUAUUUCCUCUCUACUUCUGUUGUUACUGAGCACAAUUUCUAACCUAUUUUAAAAAGAUGAGUUGAAUCUAAAAGACGUUGCUGUUAAUAUUAUGACAGCUUUCUACGAAAAUGCUUACUUUUCACGACAAAAAUCACAUGAAGAUGUUAAAUUAUACGAAAAAAAGUUUAUUACCUCGGUUUAUUAAGAUUAAAAGUCGUAAAGUAUCAUUAAAUCAUAAGCCUUCAGAGUUUAUGCUCACUUAUUGGCUGGCUCAAACAUGUGCUUGUUGCCUUGGUUCACGCCCUUAUUUUGCGUUUUAGCAACUUUCUCUGCUUCUUUUUCGGUAGCCUCUUGAAUUCGAGAUCCCAAUUCAGGGUGAACUCUUGUAAAUACCUUAUACUGUCGUUGUCUUACCACUGGAACCGCCUUGGACAAAUGGCUAGCAACAUUUUUAACAAAGUUGUCUUGUUGUCCAGGUUGCUUUCCUAAAACUCUUUCCCAGAAAGCUCUGGGUUGUUCAAAAUCAACAUCAGUAAUCUCAUCCAUGUGAUAAGUGACUUGGCCAACCCACUUUUCGUGCUUCUCGUUUGGCUCGUGGUACUCCUUGGCCAAGGGUUGCAAUGAAGAAGGGUAGUUGGGCAUACUGCCUUGGUUGUCAGUUACGUUCAUGGGUCCGUCACGAGAAUAGUUAAAGACGGGACAUCUAGGCUUGUUGACAGGAAUUUGUUCAAAGUUGGCGCCCAAGCGGUGACGAUGAGUGUCGGGAUAGCUGAACGUACGGACUUGCAAAACAGGGUCCGGCGAAAUAUCCAUACCCGGUAACAUAUGAGAAGGAGAGAAGGCCGCUUGUUCGAUGUCGGUGAAGAAAUUCUUUGGGUUUUGAUUUAAAGUGAAGCGGCCUACCUCUUGCAUGGGAACAUCUGCAUGAGGUAUAACCUUGGUAAGGUCAAAGAUGUUAUAUCUGUACUUCUCGGCUUCCUCGGGAGUCAUAACUUGAACGUAAAGAGUCCAGCUUGGAUAGUCACCACGCUCAAUUGCAUCAAAAAGGUCUUGGCGUGCAAAGUCUGGGUUUGUUCCGUUCGUUUCUGUAGCCUCUUCAUUUGUCAUUCCCUUCGUUCCUUGGUCGCUAAGGAAGUGCCACUUACAGUAGUAGAAUUCACCUUUAUCAUUGACAAAUUUGUAUGUAUGGCUCGAGAAACCAUCCAUAAAUCUGUAGCCAUAAGGCGUUCCACCGAGGUCAGAAAAUAGAAUCAUAACUUGAUGAAUUGAUUCUGAGUUUUGAGACAAAUAAUCCCAAUAAACCGUGUUAUCUCUCAAGGAAGAUUGAGGAUCACGCUUUUGAGAAUGGAUAAAAACAGGGAAUUUGGCAGGAUCUCUCAAAAAGAAGGUAGGAGUAUUGUUGCCAACCAUAUCGAAAAUACCGUCUUCCGUAUAAAACUUGAGGGCGAAUCCACGAGGAUCACGAUACAUAUCGGGAAAACCUUGUUCUCCGCUAACUUGAGAAAAUCUUGCCAGCAUGGGUGUCUUUUUUCCGACCUUAGAGAACAUAUUCAAUUUCGUAUACUUUGUUAUAUCAUUAGUUACUUCGAAAGUACCAAAAGCACCAGAACCUUUUGCGUGCACAACUCGUUCCGGAAUCCUCUCACGGUCAAACUUUUGGUAGAGAUCAAUUAAAUGAAAAUCCUGCAACAAAACAGGACCUCCCUCCCCAAUACGAGCACUGGCAAGAGGGUUAUAAAUUGGACAUCCUGUACUAGUUCUGUACACGGGAGCGCUUUCGCCUUGCACUAAUUUCUUGGCUUCUUCCAUCAUUUUGAUAAGUCUUUGGUAAAUACGAAGAUUGGAUAUGAAGGUCGUGGACAAUCUACAUAUAUAUUAAAUUAUUGCUUAUUUUAAAACGUAAUUCUUCAAAUCACAUUGUAAUUUUGCCUAA